AUGGCAGGCGCAGAGGCAGAACCUGUGUCCACCGCAGAACUGACAGGCCCGGACGACGAGCAGGUGAUCGUAAACCUGAUACAAUCCUUGAUGAAGAAUAUUCAGACGAGGGAUUUGCUGCGGGACGAUUUGCGCCAGAAACAAAAUAAUUUUAGAAACAUACUGGUGGAGUUGGACCGUGAGAACUCGUCUCUGCAGGUCGAGAAUGCUUCACUGAGAAAUUACAGUGAUCAACAGAGAAAGAUAAUUUCUUCAUUGGAGGAGCGUACCUGUAAGUUGGACAACCAGGUCGACAGCUUGCUGUAUAAGUUAAAUAAUGCGAAUGAUGCUUUGAGGAACACGCAACAGGAGGUGAGAGACAGAGACAGGCAGCUGAAACAACACGCGAUAGAUAAACAGAAGAUAAUAGAGAAAUGCAGCAACAAGAUACGAGCUGAGAUUGACAGGAUGACAAGAGAAUUUGAGACGAAGCUGCACGAGCAACGUGAACGGUUGGAGAGUCACAUCAAGAAGCAGGAGGAGAAAUUGAAAUUGAUGAAGCAGAUACUCGCAAAUAACGACAACACGUCCGAUAACGUCGCAGUCGCGGCACAACCGAAUCCAAAACCGAGAACGGAGGCACCGGAGGAGGAGCCAGUCUCGACGAUACUCGCGAAGAAGCUUUCGACGGCGGAAACCAUCGAUUCUCAAACCCCGUCGACGUCCACGAUCGGGUCGGCCGACGCCACAACGAAAUCAGACGCGGAAGCGACGAGGAACGUCUCGAAGGAUUCAGUUGAACCGUACAAGCCGAGUAGAAGAGAUAAAGUCCCGGUGGUGAAUCCGAGGUAUCAAUCGCGAAACGCGAACAAAUGGAUAGACCAUCGUCCCGGCCGGUUGGUACCCGUCGGUACGAUCCUCCAGCCGCAGACACCGAGCAAACGCAGCGUCACGAAACUGACAGAUCCGAAGCCCUUCACGUCCAGAUCCGCCAGGUACUGCUUGUACGCCCAGGAACAGGAUACGGACGGUGAGCUCGAGACCAGGCUGUACAAGGCGAAUGUGUUGCCGACGAGCGGAGGAGGGGCGCAGGUUGUGUUUAACGAUAUAGAGUGUCUGAAACAAGUGUCCCCGGCGAGACAAAAGCAACAAAGUAGGCUGGUAGACGCAGAAAAUAGCUCGGUACACUCGUAAGCGUACCUCGCACUCGGCAGAAGAAUCUCCCGGUUUACGCUCGCCGGAAAACCCCGAGAAAGCUAGUCGUUCGCAAAAUUGGCAAUACUCGUCGUCGUUUAUUCGUCGCUCAAUAAAGACCUGUAGGAAGACUUAUAAGAGCAAGUGCUGGUUAAAAAUGUGUAAAGAGCAACCGUACAGUUGAGGCUUCCGAUUACUCGCUGCGUCUUUGUUUGAUGACGUCAGAAGCUCAGAAAUACAGGAGGCUGGAUAUUCCGUGUUAGAAACGUAACGUUUAUUUUCCCCAUUCGCUCUCAAGCCGUGGAACACAACAACACCGUUCGACGCUUUGAUUCCAAAAUAUCCAUAUACAUCGUAGUAUGUGGCGAAUUGGAAGACGGAUAUUCUCUCUCUCUCUCUCUCUUUCUCACAGAUCUACGUUGAUCGUGAGACCUACAGUGAGACGUUUCGACGUAAGGGCGAGAGCUACGAGAGAGCGCUAUCUUACACACACACACACGUACGAUAAUAAUGCGCAGCAAGAACAACUCCGCAUACCGAUGAAUCUCAGUUUAUUUUUAAUGCGAACAAAGACUCCUUUUAUUAUCGUUGCCACACACAAGGACGCGUGCUAAACGGGAUGGAUGCGAUUUGUCUGUUUGCCUUGUUUUGUUUUUUUCAUUUUCAUUAAAUAAAACUGUGUGUGACACGCUUUGAAAUAGUUUCCCGCUCGAUUGCGAACUAGCCACCAUGUAUUUUAUCUUACAUACGACUGACGAUCACGCACAAAGGAUUGUACUCUCCGAAAACACAAAGUGUUCCGCAACAGAUGUCGGUAAUAUACAUACAGACACACAUACAUACACCCUCCCCCCCCCCUCCUUUCAUC